CCUCCCUCCCUAUUUCAAUGUAAGAUGGUGGUUAGGAGGCACUACCGCUCAACAGAGAGGCUGUAAGAAACAAGGCUUGGUGUUUUCGCAUCAAAUCACACAGGAGCAGUGACAAGCCACCCGGGAAAUUAUAUUGCGACCUGUUGUGCUAGACCUGGGUCGUUCAGAUAGAUUUUAUUUGCUGUGAAUCAAUCUGUACAGAUAGACAGGCUCUGCCUCUGAACUGUGAGAACACCCCGCUCUUUUCUCUGCGCCGUGCCAUAGGAUGUCCCGCAGCCCUGAGGUGAAGGAGGACCCCAUGGAGUGCCCACUGUGCAUGGAACCAUUGGAGAUUGAUGACGUCAAUUUCUUCCCCUGCACCUGCGGCUACCAGAUCUGCCGCUUCUGCUGGCAUCGCAUACGCACAGACGAGAACGGCCUCUGUCCAGCCUGCAGAAAGCCCUAUCCAGAAGACCCUGCGGUGUACAAACCUCUCUCUCAAGAAGAACUUCAGAGGAUAAAGAACGAGAAGAAGCAGAAGCAGAAUGAGCGGAAGCAGAAGAUCACAGAGAACCGCAAGCACCUCUCCAGUGUGCGAGUCGUCCAGAGAAACCUAGUGUUUGUGGUGGGCCUUUCACAGAGACUCGCCGACCCUGAGGUUUUAAAAAGGCCGGAGUACUUCGGGAAGUUUGGAAAGAUCCACAAAGUGGUCAUCAAUAACAGCACUUCUUAUGCUGGCUCACAGGGUCCUAGCGCCAGUGCCUACGUCACUUACAUUCGAUCAGAAGAUGCCCUCAGAGCUAUACAAUGUGUUAACAAUGUUGUAGUAGACGGCAGAACACUUAAGGCUUCUUUAGGUACAACAAAAUACUGCAGUUAUUUUCUAAAAAGCAUGCAGUGUCCCAAACCAGACUGCAUGUAUCUUCACGAGCUGGGAGACGAAGCUGCUAGUUUCACAAAAGAAGAAAUGCAGGCUGGAAAACAUCAGGAAUAUGAACAGAAACUCUUACAGGACCUCUACAAAACAAACCCCAACUUCCUGCAGAACUCGGCAGGGGAGAAGACAAAGGGCAAAUCAGGCACAUCACAGAGUUCCAACAGUAACAACAAAGAGGCGUGGCCUUCGUUACAAACCACAGGGAAGAUGCCCAAUGGGCUUCCAGAACACUAUGGGACCCCACCUCUAGAUGGCGUCUCAGACUCUGAAAACAUGACUCCAGACGGUCUGGACACAGAGCUGGGCCUUGGCUCCAUCGCUGGCCUGCCUCCCUUCACGUCAAAUUGUGACCCUGUCAGCCCGAGUAACAAAUCUUCAGAUUGCUUCAGCAUAAGUAAUGGAGAAACAUCACAAAUUUCUGGCAACCACUCCCCAUCGCCCCCUCCUGGCCUGACCAAGCCAUCUCUAGUGGUGCCUAUUUGUGUAGCAGGACUGACAGUACGGUCGCCUUUCGAAGGAGCAGCUGCCGAGUCACAAUCACUCUUUUCAGACAACAGCAACUUUCGGCACCCCAAUCCCAUCCCCAGUGGCCUUCCCAGCUUUUCCAAUUCCCUUCACAGCAACUCCGAUUGGCCCACUGCCCCAGAACCACAGAGCCUCUUCACAUCAGAAACCAUACCAGUGUCGUCCUCCACGGACUGGCAAGCGGCCUUCGGUUUCGGCUCUUCGACCAAGCAGCAGGAUGACGACCUAGGCUUUGACCCUUUUGACGUCACCCGUAAGGCACUGGCUGACCUCAUAGAGAAUGAGCUCUCAGUGCAGGAUAAAGCCUCCUUGCCCCUGACCACCACAAUGUCAGGGCCAGUCUUCCCCCACGGGCCUUUACUCGGCCCGCUACACAACACCCCCUCCAUGAAAAGCGCACUUCAGCCUCCUACGUCCUCACACUUUGCCCCAAACUCCAGCCUGCCCUCACGAGGCUUCUCCCAGCUUCCACACCGCACCGUCUACAACUCCUUCAGCUUUCCCGGCCAGACGCACACCUCUCGCCACAGUUGGAUGGGCAUGCACAUGCGCAAUAACCUCCAACACUUGAAUCACACCGGGGCCUCUUCUGCUGCCCAGCAUAGCAGCUUCUUGGACUUGAACUUGGCACCACAACAGCAACAUCAUCACAGUACGGGGCUCGGAGGUAUCCACAUGACAGAAAACAGCACCUCAGUAGAAAGUCUAAAUGUGAAGGAGUGGCAGGACGGGCUCAGAGCGCUUUUACCCAACAUCAACAUCAACUUUGGUGGACUGCCCAACUCCUCCUCAUCUUCGUCUUCAUCAUCCUCCUCGUCCUCUAGCGUGAACCACCCAGGCGGCAUCUCACACAGCCUUAGCUGGGACGGCACAGCCAGCUGGAUGGACCCCGCCAUCAUCACAGGUAUCCCAGCAUCCUCAGGCAACAGUCUGGACUCUCUGCAGGAUGACAAUCCCCCCCACUGGCUCAAAUCCUUGCAGGCGCUCACAGAGAUGGAUGUCCCUUCCGGCUCCACAGUGCCCCCUCAGCCCCCACACAGCGGCCCCUUCGGAGCCCAGUUCCCCCACAGAGCCGGCUGGACCCCUUAUCCAGCCACAGCCAACCCCGCCACCCAGUUCCACUCUCCUCCCCCAGGAUUCCAGAACGCCUUCAGAGCCUCAGCCCAGGCCUCCACAGAUCUGCUACAGAGUGCCGGCAUGGACCGCCAUUAGGAACUGUGAAAUCCUAUUCCCCUUAUCCGAAGAACCGCCGGCAAACACGGCAGAUGAAUCCGUACAAAGCUAUUAACAAAAUAACAAGAUUAUGUAUUGUUUUCCCUCUUCACCUUUUGCUCCUUUUUGUCCCUUUUCCUUGAUUUGUUUUUCCCUUUGGUUCAGUCUUUCUUUUUCCUUGUUGCCCUAGCACUCUGUUCCAGCUUUCCCAAUUCAAACGGUCACACAAACAAGCCAGUUGUCGCAUCAAAGCAUAACAAAUAGGUUUUCAAAAGAGAAACAAACUCCUUAGUAGUACAUAACAUUAACGUCAGUACAUCAUUUUUGGAACACUACACUUUAAAUAAAAAAAAGGCAUCAUCAAUGAUGUGUUUUCUAGAAAUUCCAUUGGAACCAAAUAGAAAGAAUCAAACGAAAAGUGUCUUGAUUUAGAAAUAAGAGUCUGCCUUCAAAGCUAAACCAAAAAGAACAGCACCUGUUCAUCCAUCUGCACAACAGAGAUACUUCCUGUGAGAGUCCUUAAAGCCAUGUCGCUAAGCAAUCAAGUAGAUAUCCAAAAUCAAAACAGGGCUUCAAUUUAUGUUUGAUCAAAAGGGUACUUGACUUCCAUUAUUUUGACGGAUCAAAGGCAUAAUGAAGGCCAAGCAAAAAGCACUUUUACCAAGGAUCUUUGGCCUUUAACUUUGUUCUACCUUUCUGCGCCCUUGUUAAAAGGGAGAUGCAUUUUAGGGGUCAUAAACGUGGUGCCCGCUCUCGACGCGGCAUUUAGCUGUAGAUGGAUGCAGGCCUUUGCCUUUGACCCAUCCGCCAGAUUGCCUGGUUGGUCAGGGGGUCUUCCGCUUUAGAUCGCAACAGAUCGUUAACCUCUGUAUCAGAGGGCGGCACGUUGCGAAAUUAAGAGGAAUGGAGAGCUGGGUGACACCGACCCCUUUCAAGCGCAGGGCUCGUGUAGCACACGGGACGCCACCGUGUGGUGUUUCUCAUAGCUGCCUCGAUGUACGUGGCCUAAUCAGUGUUUACGCUCCGACUAUGCUCCCUGAAGAAACUUGAAGGUGUGCGAGGUGUACAGAGGUUUAGGAAAUAGAUCUAGAGUCCGAGUGAAACGACGUUUUUAAGCGUGAAUGCGUGGCGUGAAACUUCCCUCUGAACGACAGAGUAGAAAACUUUCGAUUGGUGGGUGUGUGGAGAAAAUAAUCAGGGUUAAAGGGCUUUCCGGUGGAGAGAAAUUCAUGAGGGUGAUGAUGUUGAUGUGAUUAUGCCGAUUGUGACUGUAGCAGUUACUUUGCA